CCCCUCCAUGUCUCUCCAGGGCCUCUGAGCCCUGGCCUCUCACCUUUGCUGAUUUGUCCUUUGGACUUAAAGGGAUGGAUUUUUCCUUUCGUUCUUGGACCUGGGGAAGGGCAGGGGGUGGCCUUCCUAAGGCCAUAGAGUGAGGCUGGAAAAUUUUCAGGAUUAAGGCCUUCCUUCCCUAUGUCCUGAAUGGUUUUGGCAGGUGGGCAAGAGGGUGCCGGGAGUUAAUAGGGAGUUGAGGCUUUAUAGGCCUUUCUUGCCUUUCCUUGCUAUGGCAAGGGGGCUGUCAUUAGUGUAGGAUAUGAGUUGGCCCCGCCCUCUCUGGGUGACUCCUCUGAAGCAUAGGUCUCACUAGAGCCUUGCUCCAGGCUUCCUAUGGUGUUUGUGGGCCUUUGUGGUUUGUCUGAGUUUCCACACUAGGUGGUUUCACAUCCUCUUGAGGCUGAUGCCUCCUCAGACGGACUUUCACCCACACUUGUCCUGAGGUAUUGCCCAUUGUGGGUGUCCUGUGCUAUCCUGGAGGCCCAAGUGAGGGGACUCCAGGGCUCUGUAGACAAGUCAGGCCUUGCUCAGUGGCAGGCCUGGGGAGGUGAGCCUCCUUUUCCCCAUGAGGUACGGGCUCCAUCUCUGUCGUGCCUGACUGAAGAGGUUGCUGUGUGUAUUAGCAAUAGUGUGUGGAAGCGUCUGUGACCAGUCCUUAGAGGGUUUGGGACUACUGUGUACUGACUUACUGAAGAUCAGCAGCUGAGCUGGAUAUGCAGCAGACAGAAUGGUGCCCCCUGGGGGCAGUCUGCAGUGAAGACUUGUCUGGCAUUCACUGGCUCUCAGUGGAGCUGUAUGGUCAAUGCCAAGGUCCACCAGCUCCUUUCUUGUGUGAGGUCCUGCCAUCCUAUUGUGCACCCCUUAGAACUGGCACCUAGAAGGUUGGGUACCAGCUCUGUGGGUACCAAAUGCGUAGGACCAUCUGUACCACAAAGAGCAAUCCCAAAGCUGCUGGAGCCCCUCCAUGCCUCUCCUGGAGCAGGUGGGGUUCAGGGAGACUCUGUAGGUUAGAAAUGUGUGAAGUCAUGAGAUCUCCUUGGCAUUCUACUUUCGUUCCAUUCUAGCCACCCUACCUGAGGCCCCAGCCUCAGCUUCUUAAAGGGUGUGGCUAGGGACCAAGGAGGAGGGUGCAUCUUCUUUUGCUUACGGCACAAAUUUGUAGAUUAGGACAAGAAUUUAGAUGGGGUGUCCUUUCUCGUGACAGUCCUAAGCUGUGUGAUUUGUCCAGACUGCCCUUUGUCUUUUGCUUCUCCCAAUAUGCCAUCAAGCUCCAGACACUGUCAUUCAUGGAAUGUGCAGUGCAGACCCCUAAAAGAUAAGAUUUUGAAAUUCACAACCACAGUGCCAUCACCCCCAUAGAAUUAGCUCUGCUGCCCGAAGAUGAUCAAAUCCUAAGUCAGGAUUGAGGUCAGUGGCCUCUAUUCCCUCUCCAUCAAGGGUUUCCAGCAAGUUAAGUCCCUGUGUUUCAGUCCCGAGUGCCACACCGUACCUCAAACCUGGCUCCUGAAUAAUAGAAUGGAGUCUGUUGUCCUGGAGGCCCAAGUGAGGGGAUCCAGGACUCUGUAGAGCAGUCAGCCCUGGGUACCACAGCUUUCCUGCUGCAGGGUCAUUGUCUUUAUUCCUCUUAGCAGCUGGCCCUUGGUCAUGUGGUCUCUGAAGAAGGUGAUGCUGAUGCUGGAUGGAGUGUUCUCUUAGGCCUGAGGACAGGGAUCUGCAUAGGAGAGACUUCCCCCACCCCAUACCACCGGUGUUGUGGCCACUGAUUUGGCCUUCUGAAAUCUGAAAAAUUGGCAGUUUAAACAUGUGACCUAACGAGAGGAACAUCAUAGGUAGGGUCAUCCAGACUGAGCUACAUAGUGAGUUCCAGACCAGUCUGAGUUGUAGAAUGAGACUCUUGUCUUGAGCCAGAACAAAAAAGAAGGAAAGGUAGGGGAGGGGCACCUCCAAUGGGUAGGCUUGUGAGCAUUGCAGGGAUAUAUUCAUCAGUGAGAUAGAGGGCCCCAGACAUGGCCUGCCUGCUGGCGUUCUGGUUGCCAUGACUCUUCCAUAUCACCGGGAGAUACCUUAGAGGCUGGGUUUAGGGUUGCACUGCUUCCCAUGCUCCUUGUGUUAAUGGGAAUCUGCCUGUUUGUGUGCUCUGGUGUGUCUCUGACCCUGCCUGCAGCAGGCCUUGAUGAUCUGUCUCAGUUGCACUUGCUGGAAGCCUACUUCCCUCCUAACAUUCGCUCUGAUAAGCAGUGUGGGCUCACUGUGGGUCAGAAAACUACUUCUCUUAUGGGAGAUGGCUUUCAAGCAAGUCCUUCCUUCACAGGUUCUGGCACUGACAUAGCAUCUCCUGUGUGACGGUGUCUGGUUCACUCAGCACUGCUCUCUGGUUGGUUGAGGGUUGCUAGGCAUUGAUGAGUGAAGGUUAGGCUAGGUUAUAGUGGCCCCUGCUGUCCAGACUUGCCAUACUGAGUGUGCUUUGAAGGGAAGUAUGUAGACAUCUGAACUCAGUCCAAAGAGAUGGUACUGUGCCAGUGUCUCAGGGUUUGCUGUGAAGAGGCGCCAUAACCACAGCAACUCUUAGAAAGGAAAAGGUUUAAUCGGAGUGGCUCACUUAGAGUCUCAGAGGUUUAGUCCAUUUGUCAUCGUGGCAGGAAGCAUGGAGUGUGCAGGCAGACAGGGUGCUGGAGAAGGAGCUGCUCCAUGUUGGCUCGAAGGCAAUAGGGAGGGAGUGGUCUCAGUGUCACACCGGGGGAAGCUCGAGCAGAAGAGACCUCAAAGCCCACCCCCACAGAGACACACUUCUUCCAAACCAGACCAUAGCUACUCCCAACAAGCCACACGUCUUAUAGAGCCACUCCCUAUGAGCUUGUAGGGACUAAUUUCUUCCAAACUCCCACAGCCAGGGAGCUUAGCCCACUGGUUGGGGUCCUACCUCUCAGCGCCUCUCUUUGGUGGUCCUGGGGACUGGGCAGCUUAGCUUUUCCACCCUCCCCACCUCUUACCCUGCUGUCACCCCACUUGUCACCAUCCCAGGCAGUAGGACAUCUCAGCAGGAGGCUCCCAGUACCUGGGUAUGGAAAGGGCUAUGGCCAUCUGCUUUCCUCAGAGGAGGCCUUCCUGCUCUUUAGUCUGCAGCCCCAGGUCCCUUUCAGUGUCGUGGGUCCCGAGAGUCAACUUCCACUCUUACACUGGUCAUAGCCAGCUUGUGCUCCCUGAGCCCCGAGUGCUUAACUUCAGGCUCACAGCCCCAUGGGAGAUGAAAGGGCACAUUAUGAGGCUGGCAGAUAGCAAGGAUGAGUUGUAAUCCUGGGGGGGCUACCUCAUCAUCCGCUCUGCAGCCCCAGGUCUUGAGGGAUAAUGAAGGCUAAUGUGGCUACAGCAGCUCUGCUGGUUAGUGUGGAGUCAGGAGCAGGGUUUUGAACCUACAAGUGAUUAAUCCAGUAUGCUAUCAGGGUCAUUUGUACAGGACAGGACUGUCUGAUGAUGAGAAAUGGUGUGGAGGUAGGAACUGACACUCUGGUGGAUAGAUAGCCUGGCCUUGUGCCUAGGUAGCCUUUGGUCUACAGGGAAGGAGGACACAGCUUCAUGGCUGUGGGCCCAGGUCGGAGGAGCUGCUUGGCUACUGAUCUAUUCCCUGAGGCUGUGGGUGCCCAGGAUGAUGCCGGGAGAGCCUCAGUGCAAGCACAGAUGGCACCCCAGAUGCUCAGAAGCACUUCCUGGGUGCAGUAAGUGGACAGUCAGAGCUACUUGGCAGGUGACACGUCUGAUGUAGGUUUUGGAGACCUUUUCCACCCUGAGCUGAGGUGGAAGGAACCCGCUGAGAGUAGAUGUUGCCAAAUGUUUAGCAGCCAGGCUUCUCCAGAAGAUCUUCCAGAUUGCAGCACUUACCAACCUCUGUGGUGAGACUUGAAAGGACCAGCAGGAUGUCGGCCAGCCAGAGCACUCCCGAGCCUCACUGGUCCACCUGUGCCUGAUUGGGCCCAGAAAUGGGAUGCCAAGCCUCCAUGAGGAGCGCCUCUCUGAGCUGCUGCUGUGACAGCAAGUGAACAAGCUGCCAGAGGAUGUCCACUACUACAGCGGCUGCCCCCACGGGGAUCCCGGCAGCCCCGGGCCCUGUGAACCCUCCCCCACCCGAGGUCUCCAACCCCAGCAAGCCUGGCCGAAAGACUAACCAGCUGCAGUACAUGCAGAAUGUGGUGGUGAAGACGCUCUGGAAACAUCAGUUCGCCUGGCCGUUCUACCAGCCUGUGGAUGCAAUCAAGCUGAACCUGCCUGAUUAUCAUAAAAUAAUAAAAAACCCAAUGGACAUGGGGACUAUCAAGAAGAGACUAGAAAAUAAUUACUAUUGGAGUGCCAGUGAGUGUAUGCAGGACUUCAACACCAUGUUUACAAACUGUUAUAUUUAUAACAAGCCCACAGAUGACAUAGUGCUAAUGGCCCAGGCCUUAGAGAAAAUCUUUCUGCAGAAAGUGGCCCAGAUGCCCCAGGAGGAAGUUGAACUAUUGCCCCCUGCUCCAAAGGGCAAAGGCCGGAAGCCAGCUGCAGGAGCCCAGAGUGCAGGUACACAACAAGUGGCAGCCGUAUCCUCGGUCUCCCCAGCAACCCCCUUCCAGAACAUACCCCCCACUGUAUCCCAGACACCCGUCAUUGCUGCCACCCCUGUACCAACCAUCACUGCAAACGUCACAUCGGUUCCCGUCCCCCCAGCUGCCGCACCGCCUCCUCCUGCGACACCCAUUGUCCCUGUGGUCCCUCCCACACCGCCUGUAGUCAAGAAAAAGGGCGUGAAGCGGAAAGCAGACACGACCACACCUACGACCUCCGCCAUCACUGCCAGCCGGAGCGAGUCUCCCCCGCCACUUUCAGAGCCCAAGCAGGCCAAAGUGGUAGCCCGACGGGAGAGCGGGGGCCGCCCCAUCAAACCUCCCAAGAAGGACCUGGAAGACGGUGAGGUCCCACAGCAUGCUGGUAAAAAGGGGAAGCUGUCAGAGCACCUGCGGCACUGUGACAGCAUCCUCCGGGAGAUGCUGUCCAAGAAGCAUGCGGCCUAUGCAUGGCCCUUCUACAAGCCAGUGGACGCUGAGGCACUGGAGCUGCAUGACUACCAUGACAUCAUCAAGCACCCCAUGGACCUCAGCACAGUCAAAAGGAAAAUGGACAGCCGUGAGUACCCAGAUGCACAGGGCUUCGCAGCUGAUAUCCGGUUAAUGUUCUCGAAUUGUUAUAAGUACAACCCUCCAGACCAUGAAGUGGUGGCCAUGGCCAGAAAGCUACAGGAUGUGUUUGAGAUGAGGUUUGCCAAGAUGCCUGAUGAGCCUAUGGAGGCACCUGCGCUGCCUGCGCCCACAGCCCCUAUAGUGAGCAAAGGUGCUGAGAGCAGUCGUAGUAGUGAGGAGAGCUCUUCAGACUCUGGCAGCUCAGACUCAGAGGAGGAGCGAGCCACUCGGCUGGCCGAGCUGCAGGAGCAGACUGGCUGCGGAACCUUCCAGGAUCAGCUGUUGAAUGUCUCCUCUGUGCAGCUGAAGGCCGUGCAUGAACAGCUGGCCGCCUUGUCUCAGGCCCCAGUGAACAAACCAAAGAAGAAGAAGGAGAAGAAGGAAAAGGAGAAGAAGAAGAAAGACAAGGACAAGGACAAAGAGAAGGAGAAGCACAAGGCCAAGUCUGAGGAGGAGAAGAAGGCCAAGGCCACCCCACCAGCCAAGCAGGCCCAGCAGAAGAAGGCUCCCACCAAGAAGGCCAAUAGCACAACCACAGCCAGCAGACAGCUAAAGAAGGGUGGCAAGCAGGCGUCUGCGUCCUAUGACUCAGAAGAGGAGGAGGAAGGCCUGCCCAUGAGCUAUGAUGAAAAGCGUCAACUCAGUCUGGACAUCAACCGACUGCCUGGCGAGAAGCUAGGCCGUGUGGUGCACAUCAUCCAGUCCCGGGAGCCCUCGCUCAGGGACUCAAACCCAGAUGAGAUUGAAAUUGACUUUGAGACUCUGAAGCCAACCACGCUACGGGAACUGGAGAGAUAUGUCAAGUCUUGUUUACAGAAAAAGCAGAGGAAACCAUUGUCAACAAGCGGGAAGAAGCAGGCAGCCAAAUCUAAAGAGGAGCUAGCUCAGGAGAAGAAAAAGGAGCUGGAGAAGCGGCUGCAGGAUGUCAGCGGGCAACUGAACAGCAAGAAACCCACGAAGAAAGAGAAGUCCAGCUCAGCGCCCUCGGGAGGCCCAUCAAGGCUCAGCAGUAGCAGCUCCUCUGAGUCUGCAAGCAGCAGCUCCAGUGGGUCCAGCUCCGACAGCAGUGACUCAGAGUGAAAUUGGACUGUAACAGCUGGACAAACGGACGUGGCACACGCCGACUGCAGUGUCCCCUCCUAUGGUUAAUAUACUUUCGUUCCAUGGUGUGCAGGUUUUCUUUUACUUCAGUGUUAUGACUCUCUUCCAGCUGUGCUCCGGUAGGGCGGAGAGCCUGGCACGUGCACCAGACCCCAAGAGAGGGCCAAGCUCUGCAGGAAAUGCCUUUGCAGCUCAGUUUAGUUGUUUGGAGACCGCGGCCUGGGAUGCUGACCUGAUAACCAUAGACACAGCGGCGGGAGGCGUGGCUGGAUCUGCCCAGUACCUCUUGGGGCCCAGCCUUGCCCUUAGUAACUUGAAGGAAGCUUUUCAAUUGCUCUGGAAUGGGUUCUGUGUUUGAGAGCUGUUAGAACACUAACCAGCAGGUUACUUCUGUCUGCAGGGGCUGAGGACAGAUGUGUCAGCCCACGGAAACCAGGCUGGGCCCCAGCAGAGGGUCCUCAUAGCUGCAGGCCAGAGCCUCCCACCUCUGGGUUGGGCGUGGAGGAAGAGGGGUGCUGAGUUCUCUGACCCUAUGGCUGUGUGUGCAGCGUGCAGGUUUCGGGACACCGAAACUUUACCUCAACUUAAGGGAAUAAAAACAAAAAACAAAAAUUAAAAAAAACAAAAGCAAAAACAAAACAAAAACUUUUGUAAGUUCAUCCAUUUUCUACAGAAGUCCAGCCCAGCGUGCUGCCUGGCUGCCGUCUCACACUCUGAACCACCUCCCCGGCUUUAUGUAUAUAUAAAUACUUUAUUUAUUAACAUCAUUGGUCAUUUUUAAAAAAAGAGAAAAGAAAAAGCGUAAGCAAGUGCAUUAAGAAGAGUGGAGAUGCAGGUCUCUGGCGACAAGCAGACGACCACGGUCAGAAGACUGGUCCUGUGGCGGCGUGCCCCUCUGGUGCUCUUCACGUCUGGGCUGUUGGCUUUCUUUCUUUCUUUUUUUUUUUUUUAAUGAAAUUUGGGGACUUUACAAGUGUAGACAGCCUUCGGCUGCAGCACAUCCUCAUUUUAUGUUUGUUGAGUUACUAACAUCAACGGAGGGAACCUCGGUUCUUCAACACAAGCUUUGUAAGCGGAGAGAAAAGUGAUGUAUAUCAGGCCAAGGUCUUGACAUUUAAUUUUCUAUUGUAAAAAAGUAAUAAUAUACAGAGUUUAACAGAAAGUUCUCAUCAGUUUGUUGUUUUUGAGGCUGCCAAAUGGUUUUGGAAUUCAGGGUCAGCCUGGAUUAGCUCUGAGCAUUGUGGCCUCAGCCAGGAAGACACAGGCCAGUCUCCCAGGCCUGUGCGUACCUCCUCUUCAGCCUGCAGACGCUCUCCCUGACCUGACAGGGGCACGGGUGAACCUGACGAUCCAGGGGUCCCUGUUCAAGAAUUCCCAGUUAACCUAGGAAACUAACUGUCCUGACCCCCACUUCAGAGCGCCAAGUGCAGAGCCUUGUGGUGGGGACCCUGCGAUUUCUUCCAUUGCUUCUAGGCAGAGCGAAGGACUCACCCUCAACAUCCCUACAUGGGAGAUGUUUAAAAUUCCUAAAGUUAGCCCUAGCAGCCCUUGUGCGUGUGGAUAGGCAGCGGGGUGUCAAGCUCGGGAAGUGGCUGACUGGCUACCAUGUCUAGACGCCUGCUGAGUUAUCAGCCAGUUUGUUAAACUUGUAAGCCAGUUUUGUUUAUAAUAAAAAUAUAAGUGGAUUUUAAGGUUCCAUUUUUUUAAAGUUACCCUUGUUUUUCAAAGGUAUUUUUUAAAACAGAUCUUUAAUAGAAUAUUUAAGCUGUGACUGUAAGAAAUAAACAGGAGGAAAUUGACAGGCCUUCACGUGGGGUCUCAGUGGUGGCCUACCAUGACAGUCUAGCCAACAUGCCUAGACAAGGCACGGUGGCAGGGCAUGCAUAGAGUGCCUCUGUGAGCUGUUAGGCGAGCAGAGUCGGGCCCUGGAGUGGCAUCCCAGAAGCGGGGCAGAGGUCUAGAGCUGGUUUCACGGGAUGGAGAGUCUGGCAUUUCCUCGACUGUGGUCCCUACUGAGCAGCUUCUGUCAUUGGUGCUUUUACCUUUUUUUUUUUUUUUUAAGUUUUCUGUCCAAACUUAAACUGUUUUGUCUCCAGAGUUUUGGAGGGUGUUGGUUCCCACAAUGCCAGGCUUCGGGGUGACUGCCACUCCCUUUUUCUAGUUACAAAGGCUACAGGGACUUAGAUAGUCCUGUACAGAGGUGGAGGACAACUGUCCAUGGCUUCUUGGGAGUCACAUGCAGGGGUGGGGUGGUCACUUGGCAGAGUGUUGGAGGCCAAGGAUCGGGCUUUGGGGUUCAGACCUCCUCAGGCUGUGUAACUCAGCCUGCGUACAGACUGGAGACAUUUUCUUGUGUGGUCUUCUUGGUUUGUUCUUUUGCAGCUGUCACACCUUUUAUGGUCAUUUGGGAAAUGCAAGCCCACUGUUACAGCUUUGUCACCCUGUUCAUCACUGUCCCCGUUACUGGCAUAACACUUCCAGAAGCUCUUCUUUUUUUAUAUAUAUAUUUAAAAUGUUUCUUUUCUGUAUGAUGUGCAUGCAAGUUUACCGUAACUUUUCUUAAACUUUUCAGUGCCGUUUCUAGUAUAUCCCUGUAAAUGUCAGUUUACUGAAGAUGAGUCCAUUGUAAGUAGUUUUAGCUUGUUUUUUGCAAUGCCGGCCUCAACACCACAGAGUUAAAACGGUAGGAAGUACUCUGGUGUCUCUGGUAAUCAUGAACCUUUCUCCUGGGGUGUUUGUUUUGUUUUCAUAAUAAAAAGAAGGGGGAAAAAGGCAA